AGCGGGGAAGGCAGCAGAAACGGGGCGACUCGGGGACGGCUGCAUCGCGCCCCGUUACGCAUCCUCCCUAGGCCGGCUACGCGGGACAGCUGUUGGUCCUUUUAUUCGGUUCCUGCAAGGUAUUUACGAACUGACCAAGAUUUCAGCUAAGAGAUGAAAGUGAUGACUAGCUUGAGAGUCUUUCUUCAAGUGGAUCCAGUGAAACUGCUAUGGAGAAAGUUCCAGAUGCCAAGGUUCAUGCCAGUGAGGCCGUGUAGCCUCUAUACCUGUACUUACAAAACCCGGAGCCGGAACCCAGCUUUGCAUCCACUAUGGGAGAGCGUGGACUUGGUUCCCGCAGGUGACCGCCAGUCACCCAUCAACAUCCGGUGGAGGGACAGUGUCUACGAUCCAGGCUUGAAGCCCCUCACCAUUUCUUAUGAUCCGACUACCUGCCUGCACAUCUGGAACAAUGGCUAUUCCUUCCUUGUGGAAUUUGAAGACUCUUCAGACAAAUCAGUGAUCGAGGGAGGACCCCUGGAAGACCACUAUCGGCUGAAGCAAUUCCAUUUUCACUGGGGGGCCAUUGAUGCCUGGGGCUCCGAGCAUACCGUGGACAGCAAAUGUUACCCAGCAGAGCUGCACCUGGUACAUUGGAAUGCAGUCAAAUUUGAAAAUUUCGAGGAUGCAGCCCUGGAGGAAAAUGGUUUGGCUGUAAUAGGGGUAUUUUUAAAGUUAGGAAAACAUCACAGAGAGCUGCAGGAAUUGGUGAACGCUUUGCCAUCCAUUAAACAUAAGGAUACUCUUGUGAAGUUACGCUCAUUCGACCCUUCCUGCCUGAUGCCAUCCUGCCCGGAUUACUGGACCUACUCGGGGUCCCUGACGACCCCACCGCUUUCUGAGUCUGUCACCUGGAUCAUUAAGAAACAGCCUGUAGAGGUCGACCAUGAUCAGCUUGAGCAGUUUCGGACCCUACUUUUCACUUCCAAGGGGGAGAAAGAGCAAAGAAUGGUGGACAACUUCCGCCCUCUGCAGCCACUGAUGAAUCGAACGGUUCGCUCUUCCUUCCGCCACGAUUAUGUGCUGAAUAUACAAACCAAGCCCAUGCCCUCAACCAGCCAAGUGACCCGCUAGAUGUUCGUGUCUAGGUGGUAUUUUGUUUUAAUGUGUACAAGCUACAAAAUAUUAACUAUGCUAGUCUAGACACCUGCAUAAAAUCCUAACUUAUAGGUGGGCAUUUCUUGAUCUGUCAGUGUUCCUUUGGCUUGAGAAAAAGCUACUGAUAAACAAAUUCUUACCUUUUUUUGAUACUGAUGUUUAACGCUGAAAUACCAGCAAGCACCACUGCUUUCUCUUAUGACAAUCUAUUUCUUUUUUUCAUGGCAUAUCUUGACCUAUCUUUUUAUCUGUUAGUGGUUCAAUAGAGUUGCAAGUAGGGGUGAUGACCAAACUAGUUCACAAUGAUAAGAUACAGACUGACCAUCUCCAAUGCAAGUCUUUCUGAAAUAGCCCUGGGGUUAGACUGGUAAUUCCUGGCUCAAUAUUGCUCAUGGCUUUAGGUAUAUUGUAUUUCAAAAUAUGAAUAUGGCUUCUGUUAUAAGGCUUCUUCAGUGAGUACAUUUGCCCUAAUCUUUAAUUGUCAGUACUAGUAUAGGAUAUGUUUAUUUAGUUAUUACAAAUUUAGGAUACUGCAAAGGUAUUUUAUAGUCCUAGGAAAACAAAGAUUUACUUAUAUAUGAAAAAUCCUUUUGUAUCUCUUAAGGUUCGAUAUUUUACUUAAAGGGUGGAUAAAAUUGAAAGCAUAAGCAGAAUAUUUUUAAAGAAAAUGCUUGAAGUGCUUGCACCUUAAAAUUUUUAAUAAUAUAUUUAGAGAAAAAAGUUCAGGACUACAUAUAUUAGUCUAUAAUAUAUAGCACCAUUUUGCAUUAUUUGUAUACUGUUUUGUAUUUUCUACAGACAGAACUAUCUUGCCAUGUCUUUAAAAAUUUCUGAACUUUAUUUUAUUUCGUUAGUUGAGAUUCUGUGUUAAGCAAGUGAUUAACAUCAAUCUCCCAAUUCAGUCAGAGAUUUAUGAAGACUUUUUCCACAGUGACAAGGAGAGAUACUUGUCAGAUUAAGCUAAAAUCUGGAGAGUCUCACAUUCUGAAAAAUACAUGCCACUAGUGUCCUUGCUUACAGUAACUUGGAAUUAUUCUAAUUGCCUAUAAAGCCAUGUUCAGGCUUAGCAUUGUAUUAACUACUGGUUAAUAUUUCUUUAAUUAAUAUUCUAGUUCCCUAGCAAGCUAGGGUUGGAAGAAUGUACUUAACACUACUGAACUAUACACUGGAGAGAGUUAAGAUGGUAAAUUUUAUGUUACAGGUUUUCCUAUAAUGGUCCUAUUUG